CAUCCCUUCGAGAGAGCGAGACCCGAGAUUUCUUCUUUGGCCUCUUCCCCACAGAAAGAGGAGAGGAGAGAAGAGAAGAGAGGAGAGAGAUGGAUUCGGUAAUGGUCGCGGAGGCGGUGAAGGACCCAACGGCAGCGGCGGCGGCGCCGGGAAAGAAUAACCGCAUCCAGGUCUCCACCAACAAGAAGCCGCUCUACUUCUACGUCAAUCUCGCCAAGGUUCCGGUCGAAGGUUACAUGCAGCAGUACAAUGAGAUCGAGCUCUCUGCGCUGGGAAUGGCUAUUGGCCCCGUUGUUACCGUUGCUGAGAUACUGAAGAACAAUGGCCAGGCUACUGAGAAUAAGAUUCUGACAUCGACUGUUGGCACCAAAGAUGAGACAAAGGGCCGCCUUGUCCGGAAAGCCUAG